CUCCUUCGUCUAAUUAAUCCUCAUGCUCCUUCAUCUUGCUUUGACGUAGUGUGCAAUGUGAAUGUGAAGCAGGUACCCAAAAAAAAAAAAAAUCUUGGGCAUUUCUUUCUAUUUUUCCGUUUUGGAAAAAAGAAAGAGAGAAAUGAAAACGACCCAAUUUCCAAAAUGGAAAAAGGGAAAGUUUUUGAGGGCCCGGCGGCGGAAUAUGGCGCAGACAUUGCCACGCUCUAAACUCACAUAAAUGGGCCUCAGCCGCUAUCUCAUAUUCCAUAACGACCACCAUAGGAAACGAAAGGCCCAAGGGUGGGAAUUGGGAUCGUAUUUUAAUUUUUCCUUUUGGCGUCCCUCCUCUCUCUGUUUCAACAUCAGCGGUCUCGCAGGGCCGGCUUGUGCUUCUCACUUGCCGCCAACAUGGCUGUGGGCGUUCUCGCUCUACAGGGGUCUUUUAACGAACACAUAGCAGCGCUGAGGAAACUGGGGGUUAAGGGUGUGGAGAUAAGGAAGCCAGAACAGCUGGAGCAAGUGGGCUCCCUUAUCAUCCCUGGUGGAGAGAGCACCACCAUGGCCAAGCUCGCUGAAUACCACAACCUGUUUCCUGCUUUGCGAGAGUUUGUUAAACUUGGGAAGCCUGUUUGGGGAACCUGUGCAGGACUUAUCUUCUUGGCAAAUAAGGCUGUUGGACAGAAAACAGGUGGGCAGGAACUAGUUGGGGGCCUUGAUUGUACAGUUCACCGGAACUUCUUUGGCAGUCAGAUUCAGAGUUUUGAGACACAGCUUUCUGUACCUGAACUUGCAGCCAAGGAAGGUGGUCCUGAAACUUUCCGAGGAGUUUUCAUCCGCGCUCCUGCAAUCCUUGAAGUAGGGCCGAAAGUUGAAGUGCUGGCUGAUUAUCCUGUCCCAUCUGGCAAAUUGUUCGAUUCAAUAUCUGCUCUAGAAGCCCCACAGGAGAAUGCUGGGUCUGAAAAGAAAGUGAUUGUUGCUGUAAAGCAAGGGAACUUGCUAGGGACUGCCUUCCAUCCUGAAUUGACUGCAGAUACCCGAUGGCACAGUUACUUCUUGAAGAUGACGAGUGAGGUCGGAGAAGAGGCCUCAAGUAGUAUCUCUGUGGCUGGAGGUGAGGACACAAGUUCCAAUGAGCAAUUGGGGAAUGAUCUUCCUAUAUAUCAAUAGUAGCCAUGAGAAAACUAAUUAGUUAUCUUUGCAACAUCCUUAUUAUUUUGAAAUUUAUAGUUGCCUUCUAUUUAUGAUUUCUGUAAUAGGUCAGUCCGUAUUUGACUGGAAAAUUCUGUUUGGUGGGUUGGUUUCUAAGUGGAUUCCUCUUAUGUUUACUA